AUGCGUACCACCAGUGCCGAGCUCCUGCUCAUAUGCGUCCUAGCCGCCGCCGCCUUGCUGGCCCCCGAUGCACUUCAGGUCGGGCCGGCCAGCGGUUCGGCCGGCACAAACUGCAUACCGCGGGAGCUGGACGCCCUGCUGUCCUUCAAGCACGGCAUCACCAGCGACCCCUUGGGCGUCCUUGGCUCUUGGCACAAGGAAGACUGCUGUCAGUGGAGGGGCGUCAAGUGCAGCAACCGGACCGGCCAUGUCCUUAGGCUUCAUCUUCGUAAUCUGCAUGCAGACACGUACACUUCUGAUGAGGAGAUCAUGGGUGUGUACACCAGAGACACGGCUUUGGUUGGCCAGAUAAGUAGUUCUUUGCUCUCCAUGGAUCGUCUAGUGCACCUUGAUCUUAGCAUGAAUUACCUCAACGGCUCAAGUGGCCGCAUGCCGGAGUUCUUGGGCUCUUUGACGAGAUUGAGAUAUCUCAACCUCUCUGGCAUACCAUUUUCUGGCAGAGUGCCCCCUCAGCUCGGGAAUCUCUCAAACCUCCAGCAUCUUGACCUCUCAUGCCAAUUUUGCAAUGAAUAUAUGUACUCGAGAGACAUUUCAUGGGUAGCACGCAUCCCUAAAUUGCAGUAUCUUGGAAUGAAUUCAGUAAACCUCAGCACGAUAGUUGACUGGCCUUAUGUUGUCAACAUGAUUCCUUCUUUGAAGGCCCUUGAUCUUGGGUUUUGCUAUCUUCCAACCUCAAACCAAUCACUCCCACAUAUUAACCUUACCAAACUCGAGAAGCUUGAUCUCUCUAGCAACAUUUUUGCCCACCCAAUGGCACAAAGUUGGUUUUGGAAUUUGACAGGCCUCCAGCAUCUCUACCUUGCCGACACUCAACAGUACGGUCAAGCUCCUGAUGCACUGGCACAUAUGACGUCCCUCCAAGUCCUUGAUUUGUCAUAUAAUCGUAACAUGGGGACAAUGACUACAAGCUUCAAAAACCUAUGCAAUCUGAGAAUCCUGAACCUUUCUUAUUGUCAAAUUGGCGGAAAUAUAAAGGAUAUUAUAGGGAGGAUGCCCCAGUGUCCCUUAAACAAGCUGCACGAGUUGCACUUGCGCUCCAACAAUAUUACCGGAAUCAUGCCAUCUGAGAUCGGCAUGCUCGGUAAUUUGACCAUAUUGGUUCUUCGAGACAACUAUCUCAAUGGACCUAUUCCAUCUGAGAUCGGUAUGCUCUGCAAUUUGACCACAAUGGAUCUCAGAGGCAACUUCUUGAAUGGUGACUUCACUGAAGAACAUUUUAAAAGUCUAACAAGGUUAAAGAGGCUACUAUUAAGUGGUAAUUCCUUGAGGUUUAGAGUUGGUCCCGAUUGGAUACCACCCUUUACUUUAGAAACGGUAGGUCUUUGGUCUUGCCUACUUGGCCCUUCGUUUCCUUCAUGGCUUCUAUCGCAAGUUGACAUUCGCUCAAUGGAUAUAUCAAUCACAGGUAUAGUUGAUAGGCUUCCUGACUGGUUCACCACUACAUUUGCAAAGACCAUGUAUCUGUACAUCUCCGACAAUGAAAUCAGCGGCAGAUUGCCAAGAAACAUGGAAUUCAUGUCACUGCAAAAUCACCCCACACUGGCUCCAGGUGAACACAGUAUGCUCUCAAAGCCUCCAACUGUGCGUGACUAUGCUGAUAAACUGAGCAUGAAAAAAGCACCUUACCCUGAGCUCCCUUGCCAGUUCUGUUCAGCUUAUCCACGAUGGAUGAACCUCCUCACCAUUGGAUCAUUGCACAGCCCUGCACAAGUUCUUAAUAGCCUACUUCUCAGGGACAACUGCAGCAACAAGGACUAG